AUGAAGGUUUCCGCACUCGCCGUAGCCCAGGUGGGCUUGCUUAACGUACUGCCGGCAACGGCUGAGUACGUAUGGCCAAGCAAGCACGAUGCAAUGGAGGAUCUCCUGGUCUUGCAAGGAGGCUACAUCCGCGAGGGGUUUAUUGAUGGUAUCACGCCAUGCACACGCAACCCCAGCGCCCCAGGACGCCAGACCGCAGCAGAGUGGAUCCGAACAGCCUUCCACGACAUGGCGACCUUCGACAACGCCACUGGAGUUGGCGGUCUAGAUGCCUCUAUCCAGUUCGAAACAGGCCGCGCUGAGAAUGCCGGUGACGCUUUCAACGGUACCUUUGGCUUCACGAACAACUACUACAGCAUUCGCACUUCAGCUGCGGAUCUUAUCGCUCUUUCGACGGUCCUGGCUGUAGGUAACUGCGGUGGGCCUAAGAUCCCGCUGCGUGUUGGUAGAGUCGACGCUACUGAAGGUGGUGUUCUGGGUGUGCCGGAGCCGCAGCAGGAUCUGGAUACCCACAAGAAGAUGUUCGCUAAGGCGGGUUUCAGUACCGAGGACAUGAUCGCAAUGGUAGCUUGCGGCCACACCAUGGGAGGAGUCCACGGCAAGACAUUCCCUGAGAUCACCGAGAACAACACAGAGUCAAACGUGGUUCAUUUCGAUUCGACUGAGGCCACAUUUGACCCCAAGGUCGCAACCGAGUACCUCGACGGCACCACGCAGAAUCCUCUCGUCGUCGCUCACAACGACACUCUGAACUCCGACAAGCGCAUCUUCGCCGCCGACAACAACGUCACCAUGAAAGCGCUCGCCUCGGACCCCAAGACCUUCCAGUCCAUGUGCGCCGACAUCUUCGAACGCAUGAUUGACACCGUCCCCUCGACCGUCACGCUCACUGAACCCCUCGAGCCUACCCCGCUGAAACCCUACAUCAUCUCCUUCACCCUCACAAACGCCACCCACAUCACGCUCACCGGCCGCAUCCGUCUCUUGACCUCAUCAGACCGAUCCGAAGACGAGCGCGUCACGCUGACAUACACACCCCGCACCGCGCCGGCAGGCAACAGCACGCUGAACACCACCAUCGCCACGGACCCCGCGAGCUUCAAGAGCGGCCUGAGCAACGGCAUCUUCGGCGAGCUGUUCAAAUGGCACGAGUUUUCCCUCGCCUUGCCCGUCUCGACUUCCAUCAAGAGCUUCACUGCUACUGUGACGCGCGUAUCCACCGGCGCUACUACGCAGUACGACAACGCCGGCCACGGAUACCCUCUCGACGAUACAGUCCUUUACCAAGAUAGACAAAGUUGCCGUAUUGACAAUGACGCGACGAUUGUUGCCGCCGUGAGGAAGAGCGUGAACGCUUCGGUUGUUGCCAAGGUGGCGAGGAAGUUCCCCAAGCAAGGCACGCUUGUGCCGGGCAUUGAGGUCGAGGAGUGGAAGGGCACAGUUGGCGAGGAGGUUGGUGAUUACAAGUUGGUCACGAUGAAGGGACAGCAGCUGCCUGAGACCUACAGUACGCAGUUUGAUAUCGUGGCGGGCGAUAGCAGCGUCGAGUAUCUCGACACCAAUGUGCUGGGUUCGAAGGACUGCCAGGCUUUUUAA